CCGCCGUUAGAAACAGUGGCUCAUGGUACGUGUCGUGUACGAGUCUUUCUCUCUAGUGGCGUGGUUACGACAUAGCGAAGCGUGCAGGAAAGGGUUAUACUAGCUAGUUAGAUGUGCAGAGACUGGGAAACACUGGAGCACUGUACUGUAGAGUAAGAGGCUGGUGUGGACAGCUGCAGAUCGGCGGCCGCUGCUUCAAGUAGAUCAGAUAGGGUGGGGGGACCAUCGAUUCAACACUCGCAACUAUUCAGAUCAUUUUGUCAUUCAACAGUGGGUGAGGACUAUGCAACUCUGCAGACGUGUUUCUCCUGUCCGCGCGCCAUGAAAUUCUGGUCAGGAAGUAAUCUAAACUUUCACGUGUUAGGAGGAGAUGGACAUUCGACAACGGCCGCCUGGCCUUGCCUGCGCUACCCCAGUUAUCUCGCUCUUCAAGUUGAGGAGCUUGCUCUUACAGCCCCGUUACAGACCCCAUUCCGCUCAUGGCCCUGGUAAUGCAAUGGAUGAGGCCCGAUCACCCACCAUGGAAUCCCCUCAUCAGCUGCAAAACAUGUAUGGUAGUCAUGGUCACCGAAACAAUAGCAGCAGUAAUAGCGGCAGUCCACCAAUUUCCACACAUACGCCUUCCAACUCUAUGUUAGUGGUUCCUCAACCCAUAAACGCUGUAGGCAAGAGUCCACCAGGCCUGAAUACCGCUAAUGCUGCUAGCAAUGGUACCGGGCGGAAGUAUCAGUGCAAAAUGUGUCCGCAGAUCUUCCUACAUAAGUCAGCGAUGCAGCAUCACGCUAGAGAGAUCCAUAGAGGAGAGAUCAAGCCUCACCAGUGUCAGCAAUGUCUAAAAUCGUUCUCCUCUAAUCAUCAGUUGACCCAACACAUCCGGGUACACACUGGAGAAAAACCUUACAAAUGUUCAUAUUGUGACCGGAGGUUCAAGCAGCUGUCCCAUGUCCAGCAGCACACUAGACUCCAUACUGGGGAACGACCAUAUAGAUGCCACCUGACUGAUUGUGGAAGGGCCUUCAUCCAAUUGUCCAACCUACAGCAGCAUCUACGAAAUCAUGACAGUCAAAUGGAACGAGCGAAAAAUAGACCAUUCCAAUGUAACAUCUGUGGCAAGGGUUUUGCUUCUGAAAACAGCCUUCGCACACAUCGUGCCAAGCAACACGCAGCCCUAAUUGGAGGAGCUAACUCUCAGUCGUGUCCUGUGUGUCAUCGAAUCUGUCUGAACGGAGAGGCCUUGAUGGAACACAUGCGUAUAACUCACAAGGAUCCCAAUGCAUCGGGAACACCAAACAAGCGACGAACAACUAACCAUCCAUGUCCAAUUUGUGGGAAAACUUACGUGAACGAGGGAUCGUUGAGAAAACACAUCACAAGCCACCCUGAGACGUCAUCAGUUUCAUCGCCUCUGCGCAUGUGGCCAUGCUCUGUUUGCCAAAGUGUGUUUACUCAAGAAGCUGGCCUUCUCCUUCACAUGGAGAAUAUGAGAAUGGAUCCCAAACAUCAAUUCGCUGCCCAGUACGUUCUGAGUCGGGCAGCAGCAGAGAGACGUGAGACCCAUAGCAGCACAAUGGCUUCUCUGCAAACGGCUAAUUUAUCUAUGAGUGGAGGCAGAUCCGGUUCUGACCAGAUCAAAGAAACACUAACACAUCCCAAUCAUGGUAACAACCAGAACGGUUCAGUCCGAGGUAUAUUUUCCAGUAUGGCAGGUUUGUCAAAUAUUGGUCGGCCACCUCCGGCUCCGGCUCAUUCUCAAUCGUCGUCGGCCCUUUCGCACAGGCACAUUAUACCUACUCUGUCUUUAUCUCGCUUGUCUUCUCAGCACCAGUCUCAGUACUUCUAAAAAAGCGUCAGUAGUCCAAAGUUUUGGUUAAGCUAAUAGCAGUAGAAGUAUGAAAAUAAAUAGCUUUUAAAUUAUAGGUAAGCUAAUGCCCAAAUAUUUAGAUAAUCCAAUCAGUCGUGAUGUUGUGCAGCAAAAAUUUAUUUUUGGAAUUGCUGUGCACGAGUAAUGUCUUUAUGGUAGUUAGUACGUUUAUACUGCGCGUUCUGUCUUCGCUUAUUAAACACACAUACAAAAGCUUUAGCAGUUUGUCAUAAGUUCUUGCAUUAAACUUGAGAGAAUUUGAAACUUAAGUACAAAUUGAGUAAUCUAACCUGUAUCUUUUGUAGUAGCAAUCAGUAAACAGGUUUAUCGUAAUCUUCCGUGCAAAUACAGGUAAACUAUGUAGAACGUUGAAACAAGUUGGUGGUUUUCCGUGCAAAAGCAUGUAAGUUGUCUUUAAGCUCAACAAAAAACAUGGAGAAAUUGGAUAAGGCAAUUUUUCAGUGUUUGAAAUAUCUAUAUACAGUGAUAAAUAUUAACUUUUCGACUCGUUCAAUGCAUUGCUGUGGCCAAGUGAGCUGUGAUACAAAAUUUGCUUACAAAAGAAAGCUUGUAUGCAUUUUUGAGCCAGGAAGAGCUAGGUCUAUUGGAUUUAGCUAAACCUGGCCCUAAUAGUGAGCGUGUUUAAUUUGAAAAGUAUAUGUGAUGUUUUUAUUUACAUAAAGUGUCGCUGGGAUGGAAUCCCACAGGCACUCUAAACACUUCCAUAUUUGUCGGUCAGUGUUGUCUUGGUCGGUAUAUCUCUUUCUCGUAAGAGGCCGCUCCGGCUUUUUGUGAUGAUGGCUUAUACUUAUUAGGCCUAAUAUUAAUAUUAACAAGACCAAAGUGUUGUGAUUAUUAUUAAUGUGGAUUAGUAAUGUAGUUCCUUUGUAGUAGAGUUAGAAUAUUACAGACAGAUUGGUAUCGUUGUAUGUUUUUGUGGGUUGUGGUAUGAUUUUGCUUACAUAAUUUCAACAUUAGGCCUAGGUAAAACGUAACGUUUGGAUUACUCUUUACAUCAUUAAGAAAAUAUGUAUAACUAAACAGAGGCUAACGCAUUUUGUUAUCUAGUAAGAAGGAUUUGCCUAAAAGACUAUUUUAUAUACCACCAUAAAAAUGAUGUUUAUUGUGAUGGCAACCUGAAACUUAGCUAGGACUGUUCUUGUAAUUCCCAACGAUCUGGUUCAGGUGCCAGAGUCAAAUGUCUGUCUUUAACUUCAACAACAACAACAAACAUACAGUCGCUUUUUGUACAUCCCAGAAACACUGUUAGAAUCGCCUCCUUCCCCAGCAUAUCAAAGGUAAAAACUAGCAUUAUUGCCAGAAUAAGUUGAGAGCUAAAUGUCUGAAGUAAAAACUGGUAAAUGUUUGAAUAAUUCGAUAAUUAGAAAUACAGGCGGAUUACUAUAUUUUUAUAAUUUGGAAUUCUCGGCUCAACUAACAGUGUAUUACAGUCUGCGAGAUCUUGUAUUGGAGUCAGUUAAAAUAUUUUCUAAGACAUUAAAUUAUACUAUUUUUUUAUUGCAAGGUUUUCAUUGUUCACUUUUCUCCAGUGUAAAAUAAAACCCAGCCAUGUUCUAUUUGUUUAUUAAAAUACUUAAAAUCAAAAUUAUUAUAAGAGAAAAAUAAACUCGCAUGCCUAAGUAUAUGUUUCCUUUUUAGCAUAUUUUUUUGUUUGUUUAUUUUUUGUACACGAAAGAAUAAGGUCCAUAACAACUAUAACUUACAGAAAGAAAUCCAUAUAAAACCAGUCACUAGUUAUCAUAUAAAACCAGUCACUAGUUAUCAUAUGAA